AUGUCAUCAUCGAUAGCAACAACAAUUUUGUUUGUUUCGAAAGAAUUUGCAUUAUAUGGUUAUUUUAUCAUUUUAAUCUCUGGUGUGAUCGGAAAUAUUGGUAAUAUCCUUGUUUUUACUUGUUAUAAAAUAUUUCGACGUAAUCAAUGUGCUUUUUAUCUCAUUGUGGAAACAAUUACUGAUUGCUGUUUAUUACUUGUGGCAUUACCAUUUCGUAUAACUGAAUUAGCAUUUGCUUUAGAUCUUACACGAGCAUCAUUGAUUUGGUGCAAAUUAAAAGCCAUGAUUAGUUAUACUUCAACACUUAUAACACUUUCAGCAAUAUGUUUCGCUGCUAUUGAUCAAUAUUUAUCAACUAAUUAUCAUCCUUGGUUAAGACAACUAAGUACUUUAAAACUAGCUCAUCGUCUUGUAUGUAGUUCUAUUAUUAUCUGGAUUGUUUACGGUAGUAUGUUUCUAAUUUUUUUUGAAAUUCAAUCAACAGCCGGUUGUACUAUAUAUAAUGUAGAUUUUGCACGUUAUUUUUCCUAUUUUCAUUAUAUUAUACUUAAUGGUAUGAUACCUGUAUCAGUAUCAUCAAUUUUUAGUUUACUUGCUUAUUUUAAUGUUCGUCGAAUUGUACAAAUGCGAAUGAUAGUAGUACGACGAAAAUUAGACAAACAACUUACUGCUAUGGUACUUAUUAAAGUAGUAUUUUUAGUUUGUACACUCCUUCCUUCAAUUAUUUUUCGAAUUUAUAUAUUAAAUGUUACAGUGGAUUCGAAUGAUAUUAUUCGAAUAGCAAUUCAUCAAUUAGUAUCAAAUAUUGCAUAUGCUUUAUAUUAUAUAAAUCCUGCAUGUACUUUUUAUUUGUUUUUAUUGGUAUCACCAAGAUUUCGUCGUCAAGUUAAAUAUACAUAUACUUUAAUAAAGAACUUCAGUCGACGAUACUGUAGAGCCCAACGUCAAAAUCAAAUUGCACCAAAUUUUGAAGAAAGAAGUGAUUUAGAUCAAUAA